AUGGUCAAGAAGCGUGCAUCCAACGGUCGUAACAAGAAGGGACGCGGUCAUGUCAAGCCUAUCCGCUGCUCCAACUGCUCUCGAUGCACUCCCAAAGACAAGGCGAUAAAGAGAUUCACAAUCAGAAACAUGGUCGAAUCUGCCGCUAUUCGUGAUAUCUCGGAUGCCUCUGUAUUCCCAGAAUACACCGUUCCCAAGAUGUACCUCAAGUUGCAGUACUGUGUCUCUUGCGCCAUUCAUGGCAAGAUUGUUCGUGUUCGCUCCCGUGAAGGUCGCCGCAACCGUGCUCCCCCACCCAGAGUCCGAUACAACAAGGAUGGCAAGAAAGUCAACCCCAACCAGGCUGCUGCCAAGACUACUCAAGCAUAA